GUAGCACUUACACAUAUUAAACAAGGCACAUCCCUUCAGCUGAGUACGACUUGAAGGCAUGGUGUAUUGCCUCUCGCGGACAUUGCCGCUCGGACUACAAACCCAGUAGCGCCCGAGACUGACCUUUGACACUGACCUUGAGCUUGACUCAAUGAUCCACAUCCUAAAGUCCAUGCUCCCGCAAUCUCGAAUAUCUCUGCCUGCUGCCAAUUUCAUCAACGCCCAAUGGCCAGAACCUCGGAAAUGCGUGCUAUAUGGAACGAUGUGACCAGGAUGUGACUGCGGUACCUCGACGCGCAGUCCACGCUUGCUGCGGAUAAGCAGCAGCAACAUGUCCCUCCCACAGCUCUGCAUCUCACCUCCUCCCGCCCACCAUGGGAUGGUUGACUGCUUGCGGUGUCUCUCUUCUGGCGGCUUGCGCGACGCAAGGAGCAUACCUUGCUGAACAGGUUCCGCUGAGGACCAACUCUGAGUUCAAUGGUCAGGUCGAACCAUCCUACACUCUCCCAUGGGAUGAGCCAGUCAGUACGGAUGCGGCAGGGAACCUCAUUUUCCAAUCCCUCGCAUCUCUCAUGCAGAUGGGGGCUAAUUCACGCUAUCCCAAUGGACACUCGAUCGUUCGCGCCAGUAUUCCACCCGGAACAGUUCUCUAUCACGGACGUGGAAGCGAUGUCUUCCCUGAGAUGGACUGGAUUGGUUUUGACCCGGAGCACUCCCAGAUGUUUGUGCGAGGAGACAACGGCACUCUCUUCACAUUCAGCGCCGCGCGCGAGCUCAAGUUGGUCUACUUUGACGGAUCCAGCGGGAACAAGAGGGGUGGCGUCGUCGACACACAGUAUCUGCUCGUCUUCGGCGAGAUCGAACACAGAUACAAUGCGGGCGAUAUCUUACCGUCCGGCGAGAGUGAGCUUAUAUUGAAGGCCUGCGAUUGGGGCGAGGAAUAUGGUGUAGACGGGUUUGUCAGGAUGGAAUUUGAUUUUGAGAUCAUGUAUUGCAACUUCUCGCAAGGCUUGGAACUUGUCUCGGCUAUGAAUACCAUCAACGGAGGAGGAUUUGGCGGCGGACCUGGUGGUGGACCUGGCGGUGGAUGCAGAGACAGGCCGGGAAGAGGGGGAGAUGAACGACCGGGUGAACCGCCGGAAAGGCCUCCGCGGGGCGGACCUGGAGGACCCCCAGGAGGACCGGGUUCUCCACCAGACGGCCCGGGCGCCCCUCCAGGUAAACCAGGAGGGCCAGGAGGUCCUGGUCGUAAUCCGAGCACACCUCCGCAGGGCUGGAAAGGCAGUUGGCCUACAGCGGUGCACGGCGAAGGUAUGCACGCUGGUGCCUGGCACAACGCCUUCCCGGGUGACCUGCGCGUGCACGUGGAUCCCUCGGGGAUGAUCUCGUUCUUCGACCCAGCGUUCACGUCCCUCAUCAAUUCCCGACGCUCACUCCCGCGCGAGGAGUAUCGCCUGCUGAAUAUUUCCGAGGCUGACAUCGCGGCCGCUCGGGCAGACAUUGCGGACGUGUUUUCGCGCUCGCCGGAUGCGGGCAGCGGGGUGGACUGGCGUGGUCUCGCGCAGGUUGUGCAGGACAGGUUCUCCGAUCGCUUACCGUACUUACGCUACCUGCUACACCAAGAGGUGGCCAACGCAACAGCGCAUGCAGCGGAGGUGCGCCAGCAGCUGAUCACGUCCCUCGUCCCGUAUUUCCCGCGUGCCGAGGUGGGCUCGCCAAGCUGGUAUGGCGAGAUUGCGCGCGGCUGCCGGGCGAGCUUCACGGAGCGCCUUCCGACGGCGCGUUUCACGAAGCAAGAGCAGGUGCUGCGCAAUGCGGUGGACGAGGUGUUGCACGAGGUUUGCAGGGUGCUGGUUGUAGCGUGGCGGGAGGCAUUUGAUGUGGAGGAGCAAACUGUGGAAGUUGCCGAGGGCUUGUUGGGAAAGUGGAGGGACGAGGUCGAUGCGCUGAUUGAUUGGCUGGAUUGGCCUGCGUGGCUGGAGUGCCGCCCCGCGUGUGAUGUCGAUGAGUUUUGCUAUUUGCCGCAGCAUGGGCCGUUCGGUCGCGGGGGCGAUGGAGACCGUUCUCCGCGAUGCGUACCAAUGGCGCGGGGAGCUGACUUUAUGGUGCUGCCACACGCAUAGAGCAACUUAUACCCUUUCACAGAGGAUGGAUUCCGGUCGCCGGGAAGAAAGCGAAUAUUAUGUACUUGUGAACUUUUCGAUUCAUG